CCAUUAGAACCAGUCUGGCCCAGCCGGACCUUUACGAACCGGUCUGGCCCGUAUGAAUCAGUCUGGCUCAGUCGGGCCCGAUCAUGCAGCCAAAGAGCCAGUGGAGGAUACGGAUCCAAGCACUCUUUCCUUAACAAUGACUGAAAAAUAUCCUGUCCAAGACACAGGAGUACCUAAAGAUGAGGAAUACCUAACAGAUCAAGUUACUUUGGAAAUAGCAUCUGUGAACAUCAAGACCCUUACAUCAGAUUCUGGCCUAAUCCAACAGCCAGAAGACAAAGACACACAAAACCAUACUGACAAAUCACUUUCAGAUCUCAAGAAAACCUGCAAGGAAAAUGUCACCUGCUCCUUGUGCUUAUUCCGUGCACCAACCAUCAGUGACAUGCUCAAUGAUGAGGACUUGUUGUACACAGUGAGGCUAAAGCUGGAUCCCUGCCAUCCAACAGUGAAAAACUGGAGAAAUUUAGCAAGCAAGUGGGGGAUGACUUAUGACGAAUUGUGUUUCCUUGAACAAAAGCCUCAAAGUCCCACCUUGGAAUUCUUGCUACGGAAUAGUGACCGGACUGUGGAGCAGCUGAUUGAUCUCUGUAAAUUUUAUAAGAGAAUUGAUGUUGUGAAAGUUCUGCUGAAAUGGGUGGAGGAGGAAUGGCCCAAGAGAGGGAACAGAAAUUACCAGAAUGACUUCUAGGUCAAGAAAGUUGUUAGUCUGUAUGUGUUAAAUGCUAGCUAAUCCAUUGGAAGUUUCCCUUGCAAGAGAGAGAAUGCCUGUACUGAGGGUAUACUGUGUAAGCUUUAUCUACUGUAUACACAAAUGUAAGCUUUAUACCCUCAGGGUUGCAAAGAUAACCUUCCAAAAGUGGAUGGAAUCAUCCAGGUUGUGUUCUUGAGUCUGCAAAUACCUUCAGUUUCUUUGCUGCUCUUCACAGCCUUCCUAAACAGAAAAGGAUUGAAAAGGCCAGACCACUUGUUUUACUGCAGCAGUUGUGAGCCAUAUCAGUUGUGUGCUGUUGCUAUUGGGAAAGUCACAGUUAGAAGGCAAACCUCUUGGCCUUACUGGUAGCCCUUCCACAAUUUUGUAUGUUCUACCUAGUACAAGAUGAGGUGGAAUCUUUUUCUUCUUUUUUAGUUGUUUUAUAAGCUUUGUUUUGGCACAGGAACACCUUGGUGUUCCAGGCAGCAAUUUGGAUCUGAAUGUUACAAUUAACUGAAUAUUCAACAUCACAUUUGAGCAAAUUAAGUCUCUUUAUGAACAAGAGUAGACUUUAAAUAACAACAGAUAUAAAAUAAUUACUCACAUGCUACAUCAUAGGCCAUAUAUUUACUCUAAAAAGAAAUCAUGCAAUUCAGAGAGACUUUUCAACCCAUAACCUUUUGGGGCCAAAGUAACCAAUUAAAAGGCUCUAUGCUUAAAAUUACUUCCCAAAAGUUUAAAGACAGUGUACACUCUUGAGUGCGUGUAUCAAAUCCCUCUCACUUUGCAGUGCGAGAUGAUGGCACCACAGGGUAUUGUUAGUAUUGACUGUAACUUCCCUUUUCACAGGUAGUGGUUUUCUUUAUGGUCCUGUGGGUUGGCCUGCUUUCUGUCCUACACCAAGGCAGUUGCAGUCUUGUGUGAAACUAGCACUAUCUAUUGAUUAAAGCCACUCUAAUGGAAAAUGAACAGCUGAAUUCACCUACAGCCUAGGUGGAUGGUUUAUUAAAGCACUUACAGUGGCUUAGACUGACUUUUUUUUAAAUAUUUUGAUACUGUUUACAUUUUAAAUGUUUUAGAAUUGGCCUUUUUCCUACCAUUCUUCUGACAUCUCAGACAAUGUAGUAUGUACAUAGGUGUAUAUACCAAAGCACUGGUCAAGAUGUGGGGCAAAACUAGAAUGGGGUGCAGGUUGAUGCGCUGUUUACUGUUCUUGAGUAGAAAUAAUAAGAAUUAGCAAAGGUGAGGAAGUCUAAUGCUGUAUGCUGA